AUGUGGAAGUUCAUCAUAAUCACUGCCAUAGUCUAUCAAUUAUCAGCAUACGCUGCUGUAAUUGUACCAACUCAAGAAGUGGCCCUUAACUGUGUAAAAGAAUCAGGAACUGACGAAUAUUUGAUAUUUUUUGACUGUUUCUUGAUGGAAGUUAAAUCAUCAAAAGAUCAAGUUUAUGUCACUUCAACUGAUUUGGAUACCAACAGCAUAGAAGCACACAUAACGGUUGUCAGAUUGCAAAUAUCCGGAAAUGUCAAUUAUCCUGAAUAUUUCCCAAAGAAUCUCGCCAAGACAGUCCACGGGAUUACAAAUUUUUUCUACAAAAAGACACCAUUGAGGUUCAUUAAGCGUGAAGACUUCAAGGACAUGCCAUCAAAAUUGACAAUGCUAAGCUUAGAAGAUAAUGAGAUUGAGGACAUUCCGUUCGGUGCUUUUUAUGACUUACAAAAUCUUAAAUAUUUGGAUAUAAGUGGCAAUAACUUAAAGGAACUGGAUCCAAAUUUGUUCACAAAAUCACCACUUUUUGACUCGUUGUUAGCCAAGUCCAAUGACUGA